AUGUUGGAAUUGAGACAUGAUAAUGAUCAGAGCACUCUGAGAAUGAAUGGCAGGAAACUACUAGAGCUCAGGGAUAUCAAAUGUCAAUUAGAUGUUAUGAAAAAUACGAGUGGUUCCGCUUUAUUCGAAAUAGGAAACACAAAAGUAGUAGCGUUUCUAUAAGCUCAAACUCUUGGAGUGAACUAAUUAAAUAGGGGCAUAUUGAAUGUUAAUUUCUUCGUGACUAAUUUUAGUGCUAUUGAGCAUAGAGCUGAUAUCAAGAAAGACAUCAAAAUGAAGGAGUUUACAAGAAUGAUAAAAUCGGUGUUUGAAUAAGUAAUUUUACUCGAUCUAUACCCGAGAUCUCAGCUUGAUUUGCAAGUAUUCGUGCUCGAGGCUGAUGGAGGAUAUCGUUCUGCAGCUUUUAAUGCUGUUUCACUAGCUUUAAUGGAUGGAGGCAUAGCAAUGAAGGAUUUUGUUGUUGCUACUACUGCUGGUUUAUUGGGGAAUGUUGGUGUUAUCGAUCUUAUUUAUUAAGAAGAGAAGAAACAGAAUUGUGAAUUUGUUUUGGUUCAUCUUUAGAAAGCCUAGAAAAUAGCAUAUGUUAAUCUAAAUUGCAAUAAAAUAAGACUCAGUGACUUCGAAAAACUUAUGAGCAUUAGUGUUGAUUCUUGUGAUAAAAUUGCCAACGAGAUGAAAACUGCAAUUAGAGCUAAACUUGUCAAGAAUAUCAAUAGUUUUUAUUUUAAGUGA